CUGGAGGGCGGGGGCGGGGCGGGCGUGGGUGAUGCGGCGGCGGGCGCCGCCAUGCUGCGCUCCCUGGGCUCCUUCCUCUGCCUCUGGGCGCUGCGGCUGCCGGUGGCUCCAGCCGGCUCCGGCGCGGCCGCCCGCGGCCUGGACGUCGCUUCCUACCGGGAGCGGGUGCGCGCCAUGUUCUACCACGCCUACGAGCACUACCUGGAGAGCGCCUUCCCCUACGACGAGCUGCGGCCGCUGACAUGCGACGGGCAGGACACCUGGGGCAGCUUCUCCCUCACGCUGAUCGACGCCCUGGACACCCUCCUGAUCUUGGGAAAUGUUUCCGAGUUCCAGCGAGUUGUCAAUGUGCUGCAGGAAGGGGUGGAUUUUGAUAUCGAUGUCAAUGCAUCUGUCUUUGAAACUAACAUUAGAGUGGUGGGUGGUCUCCUCUCAGCUCACUUGCUGUCGAAGAAGGCUGGUGUUGAAGUAGAAGCGGGCUGGCCGUGCUCUGGACCUCUCCUCAGGAUGGCGGAAGAAGCAGCUCGCAAACUCCUGCCGGCUUUUCAGACCCCAACCGGGAUGCCAUAUGGAACAGUGAACUUGCUGCAUGGCGUAAACCCUGGGGAGACCCCGGUUACCUGUACUGCUGGAAUCGGUACAUUUAUAGUGGAAUUUGCCACUUUAAGCCACCUUACUGGUGACCCAGUGUUCGAGGACGUUGCCAGGAAGGCUUUGAAGGCACUGUGGAAAAAUCGCUCAGAUAUUGGGCUGGUUGGUAACCACAUCGAUGUGAUAACUGCCAAGUGGGUGGCCCAAGAUGCUGGCAUUGGGGCUGGAGUGGACUCCUACUUUGAAUACCUUGUCAAAGGAGCCAUUCUCCUGCAGGACAAAGAGCUGAUGUCCAUGUUUCUAGAAUAUAACAAAGCUAUCAAAAAUUACACAAAGUUUGAUGACUGGUACCUCUGGGUUCAGAUGUACAAAGGAACAGUGUCCAUGCCCGUUUUUCAGUCUCUGGAGGCCUACUGGCCAGGCCUACAGAGCCUAAUUGGAGAUGUAGAUAAUGCCAUGCGAACCUUCCUCAACUAUUACACUGUCUGGAAGCAGUUUGGUGGGCUGCCCGAGUUCUACAACAUUCCCCAGGGCUAUACAGUGGACAAGAGAGAAGGAUAUCCACUCAGGCCUGAGCUGAUUGAGAGUGCAAUGUAUCUGUACCGUGCUACAAGAGAUCCCACGCUCUUAGAACUGGGAAGAGACGCAGUGGAGUCAAUAGAGAAAAUCAGCAAGGUGGACUGCGGAUUUGCAACUAUCAAAGACUUGAGAGAUCACAGGCUGGAUAAUAGAAUGGAAUCCUUCUUUUUGGCUGAAACAGUAAAGUACUUAUACCUGCUGUUUGACCCAGACAACUUCAUUCACAAUGAUGGAUCAGUCUUUGAUGUGGUGACUACACCGUAUGGGGAAUGUGUCUUGAAUGCUGGAGGAUUUGUCUUCAACACCGAAGCUCAUCCUAUAGACCCUGCUGCGCUGCACUGCUGUAGGAAGCGUAAGGAAGAGCAGUGGGAGGUGGAAGACUUGAUGCGGGAAUUUUACUCUCUGAAGAAAACCAAGAAAUUCACUUUAAAAAGAACUUCCGACCGUGGCGAAGGGGAAAGUCCAAAAGACCCUGAAGAUGCCCCUUCAGAGAAAAGUGGAGAGAAGAGAAACUCUAAGAAGAACUCACACUCCCUCCUGAGUUGCCCCAGUCAAUCUUUUAACUCUAAACUUGCAGUACUGGGACAGGUCUUCCUAGAUAACACUUGAUUCAUAGAAUUUUAUUAUCGGUUUAAAUUAUUGAUGCAGACUCUAGAAAUAUAUUUUUAUAGUUUCAUAAUGGAAAAAGUCAUACCUCACAAUGUGAAUUGUAUUAUGAAGUGAAACAGCUUCCCAUUAAAUUCUGCUACUGCUGGUUGAUAAACUGUGGUUCGGAUACCAGCUGCUAGCGCUGUAAAGUUG